UUAUAGCUACCCAUUGGAAACGAGGGCUAGAAAAGGUCAUGCAGCUGUCAUCCCACCCCGGAGCCCUCUCGUCCAGCGCACGGCCGCCCCCUCCCCCUCUCCUAGUUGUAGACAUACAGAUAUCCUUUCCUCCCCCGUCUCGUCUCUUCCCAGGCAGAGAGAGGAGGGCGAGGCGUGUUAUGGAAGCGCAUCUUUCCACCCCGAGCGAGAGGAGAGAUCAAUUAGCGGCGACAGGCGGCGGGAGGUGUCCGUGCAAGGGCGCGAGCCGGAGCCGGAUCGGACCAAGCCGUCCCGGCCAAAAGCACUGCUGACCGCGUACCAAUCGGCAAGGCCGGGAGGAGGAGGAGGACUUCGCGUGCGCGGUGCCGCGUGGUUGCGUCCUAGAGCUAGAAGAAGAGAUGGCGGCGACGGCGGCGGCAUCGUCGUCGUCCCCCGCUGGCGGCGCCUCGUCACCGGCGCAGGCGCCGGGCGGAGGCGGAGGAGGAGCAGGCGGCGGCGGCGGGGUGCCGUACCACCGGUCGCGGUUCGGCGAUACGACGCUGACCAAGGUGUUUGUCGGCGGGCUGGCGUGGGAGACGCCGUCCGCGGGGCUGCACGACCACUUCCGGGAGUACGGCGAGAUACUCGAGGCGGUCGUCAUCACCGAUCGCGAAACCGGCCGAUCCAAGGGCUACGGAUUCGUGACGUUCCGGGACCCGGAGGCGGCGCAGCAGGCGGUGCAGAACCCGAACCCGAUGAUCGCCGGCCGGCGCGCCAACUGCAACAUUGCGUCCAUGGGCCCGCCGCGACCGUCGCCGCAGAGAGGGAGGGCCCCGCGCGGGCCGGAUCAGCAGCACUCGGGCCCGCAGCCAUACAUGGGCGGCAGGAUGCAGCAGCAGAUGCCCACCCCGCCUCACGCCAUGUUCUACAACCCUUCGCCGUACGGGUACUGGUACCCACCUGAUUAUCAAUACCAGCAGGCCUUUUACAAUCAAAUGCAGCAAUACUACUCUCAGCAGUAUGGCCAAACAUCCCCUUCAACAUCACCAUACCCAUACAUGGGGUACAUGACAGGUGGCCAGAAUCCAAGGGCCGGCUUCUCGCCAUUGCAGCAGCAAGCCGCUCGGCCGCCGUUCUUCCAGCAGCCGACCGAGGGUUCUUUCCAGGCAGCGCCUUCGCUCCCUCCUAAUUUCAGACUCCAGUUGCCCCCUCGUGCAAUCUCAAGGCAGUCUGAUGAUGUAUCCGGUUCACAACCAACUCAGACAGUAUCUGAGGCUGAGGCUACAAACACAGAUAACCAAGAAGCGUCAGCGCCUGUUGAAAGAUCAAAUUCAGAGGAAAACACCUCGAACUGACUCGCUGAAGUGAAAACUCCACCAAAAUGAUUUGAUGCCGAUCUGGACUGGACUAUUAGUGGUUCGCAAAGGAGUACCAGAAUACUCGUUUCUUGACUGGAAAAAAAUAGCAUCCAAAUAUUUGUUCUUUCAUUGUUUCUGAUUCUUUUCCUAUUUCUGCACUGCAUUUCUUUGGUGAACCCAUUGUACUGCGAAACUGAACCUCACGCCAGAAAAUGGAAUUCGCCAGAAUAA